AAGAGCCCCAAUUUGAUUUUUUCCGUUUCGGCGAGAUGAUGGCCGAUGAUUUUUGUCCCGUGCCAAAUCCGGAUGUCCACGGGGAGUUUUUGCAGAAAGUGGUCGAUUUGUUAUUUAAAAAUGUCGUAUUUACAUCCAGACGGGAUAAAGUUUUACUGUGGAAGAGUCCGGAGGAAUUAAUGGAAGAGUUUGAUUUCAGUCUGCCCCAGAGGGGAGAGGGUCAGGAGAAACUGUUGCAGAUCAUGAAGAACACGGUGAAGUUUAGUGUUAAGACAGGGCAUCCGUAUUUUGUUAAUCAGCUGUUUUCUGGUUUAGAUCCGUACGGAUUAGCGGGCCAAUGGCUAACCGACGCUCUAAACGCCAGCGUCUAUACUUACGAAGUGGCACCGGUAUUUACUUUGAUGGAACAGUGCAUAAUUAAAGAGGUUUGCCGGAUGAUCGGAUCCAGAUGGAACGACGGCAUUUUUUGUCCCGGUGGAUCCUUCGGGAAUGGCACGGCUAUUAGUCUGGCACGGUACAGUCGCUUUCCCGACGUUAAGAUGAAAGGGAAUUCCUCACUACCCAAAUGCGUAAUAAUUACCUCCGAGGAGUGUCACUAUUCCAUUUAUAAAUUUGCCGCUUUUCUUGGUAUUGGUGAGGAUAAUGUUGUUCCACUAAAAACGAACGAUGUGGGAGAGAUCGUUCCCGAAGAUUUAGAAAGGAUUGUUUUGGAUUUUAUUGGUGAUGGAGUGGUUGUCUUGAUGGUGGUGGCCACAUUAGGUACCACUGUGCGAGGAGCUUUUGAUCCGGUACACGAGAUGGCUGUCGUCUGCAAAAAGUAUAAGAUUUGGCUGCACGUAGAUGCUGCCUGGGGGGGUGGGCUAUUAUUUUCCCAAAAACACCGGGCGAAACUGAACGGGAUCGAGGCGGCCGACUCGAUAGUCAUCAAUCCUCACAAGUUGUUGGCGGUUCCGCAACAAUGUUCCAUGUUACUCGUGACCGAUCCGGACAUCCUGCACCGAUGCCAUUCGCGAGGGGCAGAGUAUCUCUUCCAGAAAGACAAAUAUUACGAUUCCAGAUACGAUGUGGGCGACAGAUAUUUACAAUGCGGUCGGAAGUGCGACGUGUUCAAGUUUUGGCUCAUGUGGAAGGCAAAGGGGUCUUCUGGAUUUGCCAAUCACAUCGACACUCUAAUGGAUCUGGCGGAGUAUUUUGAGCAGCAGGUGAAUAUGAGGCAGGAUUUCGUGCUGGUGUCAAAAAGGCAGUACAUGAACGUUUGCUUCUGGUAUUUGCCGAGAUAUUUGAGAGGAAAGGCGAAUAUUUCUGAUUAUAAUGUUCAGUUGCAAAAGGUCGCCCCUCAGAUCAAAGGAGUCAUGGUGAAGCAUGGGGCGGUAAUGCUCAACUACCAACCCUUGAAAACCCUCCCGAACUUCUUCAGAUUCGUAUCCCAAAAUUCCGCCCUUAACAAGGGAGAUGUCGACUUCAUAUUGGAUCAUAUCGCAGAAAUUGGAGAUUCACUUUUUAGAUAAGUUUAUUUUUAGUUCAAUAAAGAGCUGCUGAUGCAUUGU